GACAAGGAGAAAGAGACUUCAUUAUUAAUAUCAAGUUGGCCACAACUUGUCACAUGCAUGCACACGCGCACGCAUGCACACGAUGUUGUGCGCGCGCGCGCAAUUUUCCAGUAGUUACGGUAAUAUACAGGAAGGGGCCAUAGCAUCAGACGCGUUCCAUUCUGGGGUUAAACAACAUCACAGGGUUCGUUUAUUUUCAGCCUGUUAUUUCUCGCCGGUAGGCUAGUAAAACAUGUUAAUAAGCAUGUCGCCAAGCGGCUCCACUUUGGAAGAACAGGUUUCGUCCAUAAUGGACGUACUGGCGAAAGCGGCCGUAUCUGAAAUUAGCCAACUCUUCUCGGAAGGCUCGACUACUCUUUGCUUACAAAUAACUCAGAGCCUGAAAGAAAACGAAGCACUGAGGAAGAGGAUGAAGGUGAUGAGGAGUGAGCUGUUUUCUUUGCGGCUUCAAACGAGAUCAAAUGCAUCGCGUGCGGCAAGUCGUUUCGCCCUGGCUCGAGCCAAUAUCUGCAAACCAAGGUCUAAACCACUGGGGAAUGGCCAAAAGCCCCUGGUGGACCACAAGGCGGUUGGAAAUCCCCCUUAUCUUAAACCAUCAAUAAGUGAGGCUUCCUCCAUUACAACUCCAGCAGAGCAGGUGACCCCAGACAUCAUUUUGAUCAAGGAUGAAGAGGAUACCAGUGGAUGCAGGCCAGCAGAAGACUGCGAUGCGUUUGGAGACCACAGCAUGCAGCGCGGCGCCGACUAUGAGCCUCUGCGUGGGGAGUUGAGGAUCCUGAGUGUCCACGGACAAGGGGAGGGCCCAUUGAUGGUGGACGGCCAUGACACCCUCUUCACCGCGGCCAAACUGGAGGCCCUGAGCUCGCUGUCUGUGAACCACAGCCUGGCCAAGAGCCUGGACUGCGGCGAGCGGUUGGUCUGCCGCGAGGAGCGGACUGUGCAGCAGACCCCAGACACCAUCUUAAUCAAGAAUGAAGAGGAUAUCGUUGCGGGCAUGCCCUCUGUAGAAGACUGCAGAAGACUGCGCUGCACCACCUCGGAAGAACACGGCGAUGCCUUUGGAGACCGCAGCACACAGCAAGGCGCCAACUCGGAGAGUCUGCAUGUGGACGCCCCUGGCUCCUCCCACAUGUCCAGUCACAACGGGGAGCUGCGGAUCCUGAGCGUCCACGGAAAAGGGGAGGGCCCACUAGCGGUGGAUGGCCAUGACACCCUUUUCAGCGCGUCCGAACUGGAGGCCCUGAGCUCGUUGUCUGUGGACCACAGUGUGGGCGAGAGCCUGGACUGCGGCGAGCAGAUCUUUCGCCACGAGGAGCCGACCAGGCAUCGGGGCGGCCGCAAAGGCCGGCCCUGUGUCGUGUGUGGCAAGGUUUUCCCAAACAAUGCCAAGAUGGCCAUCCACAUGCGUACCCACACCGGCGAGAAGCCCUACAGGUGUGACCAAUGCAUGAAGCGCUUCAGACAGAGCUGCAACCUGAAGAUCCACAUGAGGAUUCACUCCGGGGAGAAGCCCGAAGUGUGUCUACAGUGCAACGCCAGUUUCAGUGACCCGAGCAAUUUGCGUCGCCAUAUUUACAAACACACGCGCAAUGGGGUGCUUUGACACUGGGCAAUGGGACGAUUUGAUUGACGCCUCUAUCAUGUAUUCAAUGAAUUAUUAUUUUUUCAUGACGAUGAAAAAAAAAACGUUGGACCUUUUUCAUAUUUAUAUAAAAAAAACGUUAUUGUUAAUAAUUGAUGUAAAAUUAAUGCUAAAAUAUAUUCUUCCUGAAAUUGA